AUGGCGUUUGAUAACGGUUUUGUGGUAAUAUUGGCAUCCAUCACAUGCAGUUUGUUGGUUGAUAGCGGUGUAGCUGCUCUCUGCAGCUCACCUUACUGCCCACCACCCUGGCGUGCUUUCCAGGGGCACUGCUACCUGUGGGUGGACAAACCAAUGCCUUGGAUAGAUGCUGAGCGCUACUGCCAGAUGCUAUCCCACCCGGGGAAGAUGGUCCACCUUGCGUCCAUUCACAGCCAAGAGGAGGAUGAAUUCAUCAAAGAUUACGUAAAGAGCGCCUCUGACGUCUGGACUCCCAGCUACUGGAUUGGCUUCACCGACAUCGAAGGAAAGAAUCGGUUCCAGUGGAGUGACGGAUCUGCCUCGUCUUACCUUGGUUGGGGGCCAUUGGAACCAAGUUCCCCAGGAUACGAAGACUGUGUCGAAUGCCGAGAUGAUUUUUCCCACCAAUGGAAUGACUUGUUGUGCAGUGAAAGCAUUCGAUUUGUCUGCAAACUCUAG